UACCUUUACAAUUGAUAGAUCUUGAACGUUUCGUUUUCUAGAUUUUGAGAGAUUUCGGAUGCUGAGUAGUUGUAGGUAUAUUUUAACAGACUCAUCGUUAUAGAUAAACGAUAAGGCAUAAUCUUCGCUUGAGUGGUUGGCCCUGGUUCGUUGCGUAACGCAACGCGGAGAACAAUGGUCGUCCGAUAGCGAGCACUGUGCGCGUGUAUAUGUAUGUGUACGUGUCCAUGUAUGUAUGUAUACCAUGGAUGACCUUGGGCUGGUUGAUCUGCAGCCCCGUUACCAGUAAAUCCGCUAUGCGACUUCGAGAUCCGCUAGAACCGAGCGCGCCUGCACGCGUAUCCAUUUAUUUGUUUCCAUACAUUCUGUUCGAAAUUUAUUAGCGCUCUGAUCAGGCGAGUGCGCGUGUGUUGCAGGAAUUCACGUCGUUGUCGGCCAGUCGUGCCUAAAUUACGGGAAAAAGCCGUCGCCGCCCGUCAGCUCUGCUCAGCUGAUAUUCGCACAACAUUUGUACACAGUUCGCACCUGCAUGGACCCAUAACACAUUCGAAACUGUGCGAAGAAGAAGACUCUUUGGACGACGAUGCAGCAGGAGGUGAUCUCCAAGAGCGAGGAGCCGGUCGCCAGCACCAGGCUCCUGGAAGGUCUCGAAGAAGACGUCGCCAUGUGCCCUGAUGGCGAUGACCUAUCGACCAGGCAGUGCGAUUCGAUCACUUCGAAACAAAAGAAAGAGGUUGCCAUUUUCUUACAAAAUAAUGGCAAGGAGGAGAUGAAAAAUUGGAAACUAGUGCCCCCCGAUGGGGGCUGGGGAUGGUUGGUGCUCCUCGGCUCGACAAUGGUGAACGUCUUAGUACCCGGAACAGUAAAAUCUUUCGGUGUUCUGUUCGUGGAAUUCCUGGAGGUUUUCGAGGCUACGCCGGCGGCAGCUGCCUGGAUCCCAGCCCUCUGCUACUUUCUUUACAGUUCACUGGGUCCUGUUUCAAGUAUUCUGUCAUUAAAAUAUUCUUACCGUACUGUUACCAUUUUGGGGGGCACUUGUGCGGCCCUUGGAAUGAUUUUAAGUUAUUUUGCUAAUUCAGUUGCUUUCUUAUAUAUUAGUUAUGGAGUUCUGGUGGGCACGGGUGCUGGACUAUCCUUCCCUCCGACCGUUUACAUAGUGACAAGUUACUUCGUGAAGUUACGCGGUCUUGCGAACGGAUUGUGCAUUUCCGGUUCGGCAAUCGGUUCAAUAAUAUUGCCGCCUAUCUUGCGUAUCCUCCUCGAAAUUUACGACUACAGAGGUGCUGUACUUCUUAUGGGUGCUGUUACCCUUAACGUAUGGGUGGCCGCCCUCUUCUAUGAUCCCGUCGAGAAGCAUAUGAAAAAAGUACCGAAGACUGAGGCCGAGAUGGAAGAGGCUGAGGAGAUGGAAGAGCAACCUUUGAAACCGAAAUUCAUCAUCAGCUCAGAUGACACCUCAUCCUUACAACUGAACCGCAACGACUCCUUCGUAGACAAUAAUGACAUCACCAAAAAUUCAUUCAUCCGGAGUGCUUCCAGUGUGGCUGUUCCUAACUACAGAAGCCACGGCUACGGUCGGGAGAGAAAGAUCAGUGUCGGUACUAAUCGUGGAGAGAUGACCAGAGUUCGUUCCGGUAUUGCUGUUUCAAACAUGAACAGCGCUUCAGCUUUAAACUCUGUACCGGAAGUGAAUAAUGGAUUCGAAUCGCCGAGUCGUCAGACCAGCACUAGGAGAAAAGUACCUAGGAGGAGUCCAUCAACUAGCUCUUUCCAAUACGUUUCCACUCCUUACCAUGGAAGUACCUUAACAUUACAACCUGAGAUGAUUGCCAGUUCGUUUAGCUUGAAGUCGGUUACCAAAGAAACAAAAGAAACCGAGAAGACAAAUAAGUUAGUUGAUCUUUCAUUACUGAAGGAUCCGCUUUACUUGAUUAUACUUAUUUCUAAUUCUACCAACGCUAUAGGAUACACAAACUUUAUAAUUCUCUUGCCAUCGUUUGCCAUAGAUUUAGGAUACGGUAAAGACGCGGCCGCUUUGUUGCUUUCCAUUGUAAGCGCCUUAGAUCUAGUUGGAAGGAUCGGGGGAUCUGCACUCUCCGACUUGAACUUAAUACCAAAACAAUGGUAUUUCAUCGGUGGACUAUUAAUAUCAGGGAUAUCCCUUGCUAUUAUGCCUUACUUCGAGACUUACGUAGCCAUAAGUAUAUUUUGUUCCAUUUUUGGACUGGCAUCUGGUAUAUACGUAGGCGUGACUGCAGUAAUCAUGGCAGACAUGUUAGGUACCGAAAGACUGCAAUCGACAUACGGAAUUUCGUUGUUUGUCAAUGGAAUUUUGCAAUUGAUCGGACCACCUCUUUGUGGUCUAUGGUACCAAAGUUCCAAAUCCUAUGUUUCACUCUUCAGUACCCUCGGCAUCGUACUUAUCGUGGGAGCAGCUAUUUGGGGCUUCGUACCUUUUGUGAAGAGGAAGAGGGCUUCAAAUUCUGACCUCGAAACAUAAUUUAAAGUAUAUAUUGUCUUCCUUUGGAGAGAAAGAGAAAUGACAACAAGUAUUCUUUUUAUUUUUUUUUUUAAUUUCGACAUACGUUUCACUGCGUUAUUCUUCAUUAUAUUUAUGUUAUCGAUGUUAAUUUUAGUUAUAAUGGUUUGUAUUUUUUAUUAGGAAGUAAAAGCAACAAACUUGCCAUUGUAUAUUGUACGUCAUAGUAAAUAUAUUAUACUUAACAAAAUCCAUAUCCGCAUGGGUGCUCACGAAAAAGAGAAAUGAUAAAAAAAUAACAAUGAUGAGCGUAAUAAGGAAAAAAUUAUAUUUUUAUAACAAUUAUUCUUCGUAUAUAUUGGAAGAUAUUUUAUAUUCAUUAUAGUUUCUCCUAUGAUUUUGUACGUUUGAGAUAGGUAUUUCUUGUCUCUGAAAACAAACGCCAUGAGAUGGAUGUGAUAAAUCAACUUGAUUACCAAUAAACCAUAUACCCACUUUGUUAUAAUACAAAGUAUAUAUAAUAAUAAAAUAGUCUUUGCAUACUUCAAAUAAUUCCAUGUCAAUAAAUAAAAUU